CGAAGUCCGGCGAGAGAAACGGUCCCUGAGAGGAGCUGGUUAAGCUAGUUAAUAGUUAGUGGUCCGCUUCCCGAGGAGCUUCCUGAAGUUGCCUUCCUGAGGCAGGGCAGCCCCCGGCAUGGCAGUCGUCCAGAUGCAGAAGAGUGCGAUGGGCGCAGCCAUGUUCCCCAGCAGGGUGACGACAGAACAGCAGUCGUUGGUCCUGGUGAAGCGCCUGCUGGCCGUGGCCAUCUCCUGCAUUACCUACCUCCGAGGGCUGUUCCCCGAGCAUGCCUACGGCACACGAUAUCUGGAAGACCUUUGUGUGAAGAUUCUGCGGGAGGAUGAAAACUGCCCUGGAUCCUCACAGAUUGUGAAAUGGAUGUUGGGAUGCUAUGAUGCACUGCAGAAGAAAUACCUACGGAUGCUGGUUUUGGCCAUCUACACAGAUCAGGAAGAUCCUCAGACCAUCACUGAAUGUUACCAGUUUAAAUUCAAGUACCUGACGAUUGGACCAACAAUGGACUUUGCAAGCAACAACAGAAAGAUUAGCUCCAGCGUCGGCUGCUCGGACACCAGGAGAGCCAGCAUCCAGCUCAUCCGCAAGCUCUACGUCCUCAUGCAGAGCCUGGGGCCCCUUCCCAACGACAUCUGCCUGAAGAUGAAGCUGUCCUACUACGAUGAAGUAACUCCGCCAGACUACCAGCCUCCUGGCUUCAAAGAGGGCAGCUUAGAGAAUAUGAUGUUCGAAGGGGAGCCCGUCUUCCUGAGUGUGGGCGAGGUGACCACUCCAUUCCAUGUCCUAAAGGUGAAGGUCACAACGCAGAGUGACCGCAUGGAGCAGUUGGACAAAGACCUGCAGAGGGAGCGUGAAAACAUCCCACCCAGCCCGCCUGUGGAACUGGAUCAAAAUGAGCAAGUGGAAAUUAAUGAUACCUUGCCCGCAGAAAGUCCAGCCGCAUCCCAGGUGGUGGUUCCCGAAAACAGUGACGCCGAGGUGCAAAGUGCAGAAGCCAAGGCGUCACCACAGACUGAAAAGGCAGCGGACAGGGCAAGCCCCAAGGUCAAGAACAACAGCCCUGCCUCGCAGAUGGAGAGUUUGGUGAACAAGACAUCGAAUAUGGAAUUAUCCGGGAGGAGGACAAGAAGUGGGAGGCUCUUCCGCACGGAGUCUGAGGGCGCAGCUCGAGUGGGUAAAGGAGACAGGAAGCCGGGCGAGAACGCCCAGGGCAAGGCGGCAACAAAGAAGAGGACCUGUUCGGAACGAGAUAAGCCAGUUUUCCAGUUCGAGGUUCCCUGCAGCCAGGACGAAAUCUCCACGCGGAAACGCAAGAAGUUCAGCGAGCCAAAGGACCGGUUUCGUUAGGACUCGGAGGAGGAGUCGACCCCCC